UUGGCCUACAAUUUCAGGUGAACAUGUGGAUACAACUGAUGGAGCGACCUUAGAGUCUAUUAACUCAACAACAGUCAGGUCGAGUAACUAGGAUGAACACUAGAAAUGCUGAUCGAGAAGAUCAGUUUGACUCUGGUUUGUGGGAACCAGAUGACCCGAUGCAUGGAGUUGAAGAAAAUGAUUUAGAUCAACUGAACCUAGAGGAUUAUGGGCCUUCUGAUAUAGAAGACGAUGAGGCACGCGUAUUUCAUCAUCAGGAUUUUCAGUACAAGUAUGUUGUGGAUCCUAAUAUUGGAUAUAAAGGGUCGGAUUCAUAUGAUGCAGUGUACAAGGAUCUUUCGAAGAAACACCAUGUUCUAAAAAAGGCAAAAAAAACUAUGAAUUAUGCCAUGCAAAGAGGUUCCCAGGUGAAGGGCCUCCCUUCUAUUGUUGCAGGAAAGGGAAGGUUAAUAUAUAUAUUUCAAAGAUACCGGCUGAGCUACGCCGCUUGUUCUCCAGUCAGACUGAUAGGGAUGCAAAAUAUUUUCGAAAGCACAUUCGGUAUUUUAACAGUCACUUCUCGUUCACAAGCUUUGGAGUGUUCAUUGAUCAUAAUCUCAUAUCUGCAAGAGGUACUGGUGUCUAUUGUUUUAAAGCACAGGUCAGAUAUACCAUAGGUUGGAUCAGCUUGUUCCUGGUGGG